AUGGCAUUGGCUUUUCUGCUCCAGCAAAUAUCCCUGAGAUCCAACGAUAUAAUGACCAAGCCAGUGGCAUUCGUCGUCAAUCAUAAUGCAAGGAAAGAAAGUGGCGAGGAAGCUCAGUAUGUGGGCUCGCAGCUUCAGAAACUGGGGAUCGAGAGCGAUAUCCUCGAGAUGCAAUGGCCCGCCACUACUGAUCCUGCAAGUCUGCCUGACUUCGAAAUGCAAGCUCGCCGAGCUCGUUACCGAUUGAUUGCCGAAGCGGCCAUUCAAAGGAAGAUUAGUCACAUCUUUCUGGGUCAUCACCAGGAUGAUCAGAUUGAGACAAUCCUCAUGCGGCUCAUACGCAACUCCAACGACUCCUUUCUUGGCCGCCAAGGCAUACCCGAGCAUGGCACAAUACCUUGCUGCGAAGACAUCAGAGGCGCCCAGACGGUACUUCGACAUACUAGCUUAGAGGCCUCUUUGCGUAAUGCUUCUUAUCCUCGGGUGGUGAGGAAAGCCUCGGAUGACCAUGUUGGCAUUCAUCAAGAGAAGACAGUUGCACCUUCUUCGGGUGGUAUCCAGGUGCACCGACCGCUUCUGGCGUUCCCGAAAUCUACUAUACUCCAGUUUUGCGCUACAAAUGGCAUUCCAUAUGUCCUCGAUAAGACCAAUUUCAAUCCGAAAUUGACCUUACGGAACGCUGUCCGUCAUCUGAGGACUCACUACAGCCUACCACGAGCGUUGCAGGAAUCUUCGGUCCUAGAGCUCCAGAGAAAGGCCCGAAACUCUGCGAAGUCUCUUGCUCUACGAGGAGAGGCGAUUCUGCGGAUGAUGACAACAGAGACCUUUGAUUUACGAUCUGGUCGUAUGAUUGUUUCUCUCCCGCCCCACGUUCAGACCUCAUGCGAAGCCGACCCUGAAGCAGGCGGGUAUGCUUUGGCGAGGUUGACAAGUGUGGUGAGUCCACAGUCAAGAGACGAUGCCGAGCCAACUCUGGUACCUCAACAUAAUCUUAGGGAAUUUCUUGAGAAGAAUCAGCGAAGGGUGCGAGAGCAAAUGACUGUGCAACAGGUUUUACUCGAGAAAAGUGAAAACAUGCCGAGGAGUAACCGCUACAAGGCCAUAUCAUACCGCGACGAGGAUAACAGCGGCGGUGGCCAUCGCUGGCUUCAGCGGGGUCAGCGAAGCACUGUCUGGACGCUGUCGCGGCCGCCUAUGCGCAACCGAGAGCUUCGCCGCGCCUCGAUGGGUUUCAAUUUCCCAAGACAAUGUAAGAUUGUUGAAGGGGAAUACCCCAGCGAACGUGACUCGAAUUACUCCACCAAUAAGUGUUGCGAAAAGGGACUCUGGUCAUCAUGGCUGCUCUGGGACCAUCGCUACUGGAUCCGUGUCCAGGCUGACAGUAUUGAAGGGUGUACGAAAUUCUCGGAGAGGGAAGAGACGGCUUUCAAGCAAUGCUAG